AUGUUCCAACAAGCGGAAUCUAGAGAUAGAUGUUCUAAGUUCAGCCGCAACGAGGAAAUUUCAGCUCGGAAACCAGGAAAUACGAAAAUUUCCUCGACGACUUAUUCACCGACAGUUCUCCUUGUUUCCACCGAAGAGCAGAUGAUAUCUGGCGAAGUUUGGCCUGGAGUCGAAGUGGUGUCCCUUGAUGGUCAGCACCUCUUUGAUGUUCUCCAGCCCGUUCACGACCACACACGGCAUGGAUCCCAUCCUGAGCUUGAUCACCUGACAGUCGAAGUCCCUAACAAGAUACCGACAGAUUCCAUCGUGGACUUCGAAGUCCUUGCAACGUCGUCCUCGGACGUUCUCACGAAAAUGGGAUCAGAAUGGGAGAAAAACGAGUUGGAUCAACAAGUAUCCACGUUGAAAUCGACGCCAGAAUCGAUACCGGAAGCCGAUAAUGAGGACGACUCGAACUGGCUGUCUUACUUCGAUUGCAGCGCGAUGUUCGACGUUACUUGUGAAAAUCUCUCUUACUACAAUUCUACCAAAGCUGAAAAGGACAGUGACAGUGAUCUGGAUGACACGUUGAUGUUCGACGAUGCUGAGGAAGGCGACACUUGCUGCGCGAAUUCAUACUGUCAACAGUCGUUCGAGGAUUCUUGCGAGAAGAAGAUCCACGAUUUCGAUCCAUCGUUCAUCGAUGCUAAGUCUGAAGAUGUUGUUUCCGAUCAAAGUAGAGAAGAUCUGAUUAAAACGGACGUAGAAAAUGAAGACUGCGCCAAGAGUGACGUGAAAAGUGAACAUUCUGUUACCAUAAUCGAGGACGAAGUGAUCGAAGAAGUGAGAACAGAGAAGAAAUCGUCGGAAAGUUUGGAUUUUUCGAGCGACUCCGAAGAAGAGAGCGACAGGAACUUCGUCUAUUCCUCGCCUAACGUGAACAUCAACGAUUACUUCGAAUACAGAGACAGCAUGAAGGAGCCUAAGUUCGAGGCAAGUUUAGAGGAAGCAGAUGAAAUUCUUUCGAAGAAGAAAAUAAAAGAUUCGGUGAUAAUAGAAGAAAUUGUCGAAGAAUCUUGUGGAAAAGUAGAAUUUGGCCAGGAAGCGAAAGAAGCAAAGACAGAGGAGACUUUGGUGGAAGAUUUCACGGAAAGUGACGUCAAGCACGCAGAUUCAGGUUCUCCAGAAGAGUACCUAGAGAAACUAGCAGAGAUUACCGAGUUAGUCUGCCCGAAAACCGAAGAAGAAGUUCGAGAGACGUUGAAAAAGAUCGCCGAAGGAAAAGCGGAAAUAGAGAACAGGAAAAACGAGGCUUUGAAAGAUCUAUCGGUGGAGUUCAACAAUAUCGAAAAGUUUGUCGCUGAAACGAAGUCUCUGGAAGGCUACAACAGCGAUUCCGAUGACAGUGUCGACGAAGUAAAGAAGAACACUGAAAUCAUCGAGAUGCCACUGACUAAAGAUCAAGUAGCGGAAAAUUUCAAGUCGAAAAAUUCGCAAAAAUUUGCAGAAGAGGAGGAGAAACGUCGCACAGAAAUGCUGCUACAAGAGUGUCUUCAAGUUAUCCCUCGGAAAAUAGAAACGGAGGAAUUUUACCCGGAGAAAGAAAUCUCCGAAGAAAAACCCGAAUCAGAAAUUUCAGAAGAAAGUGAAACGAUGACAGCAAAAAUGGUGGUGAACGGAAUCGUCGAGGACAUCAUGGCUGACACUGAAGAUUCCCUUUUCUGGGAAUUUCGGAAAGAACCAGAGAGAACGUACAUCAAAGGGAAGGUCUACGAUUUCGACGAGAAGAAGCACACUAUCAGAAUGACGGAGGCCUAUCUAAAGAAGCACUGCAAAUUGAACAAACUCUAUCAGACACCCCAUUUGAACGACGUGCUAUAUCUCCAUUACAAAGGUUUCUCUUUCAUCGAGAAUCUCGAGAAAUACACGGGUCUCAAGUGUCUAUGGCUGGAGAACAACGGGAUCCGCGAGAUCGCGAAUUUGGAGAACCAGAGCGAGCUGAAGUGCCUGUACCUUCACAACAACCUGAUAAAGAAAAUCGAGAACCUCGAGUGUCUGACGCGGCUCGACACUCUCAACCUCUCUUACAACACUAUACGGAGGAUCGAGAAUCUCGAUAGCUUGAAGUUCCUGAAUACUCUAAACCUGUCGCACAACUACCUGCAAGAAACCGCUGACAUUGAACAUCUCCGAUCGCUCGACAGCCUCUCUGUACUGGAUAUUUCUCACAACAGGAUAGAAACCGACCAUGUCGUUAAUAUUUUAGGAGAUACGAAGGAGUUGAGAGUGAUAUCGUUGAUGGGCAAUCCAGUUUUGAAGACCAUUCAACUGUACCGCAAGACUAUGAUUUUGAAAUGCAAAAACUUGAAGUAUCUGGACGACAGACCGGUGUUCCCGCGUGAUCGCGCCUGUGCAGAAGCUUGGAUGCGAGGAGGACCGGACGAAGAAGCGGCCGAGAGGAAACGGUGGAUCGAGGCGGAGCAGAAGAAAAUCAAUGAUAGCGUGCAAGCCCUGAUAAACAAAAGGAAGCUGUGCAAACCGGUCGAGACGUCCAAAAAGGAGGCGGAGGAUAAGAAGAAGACGAAGGAGGACGAAGAAGUAGCCACGGACACGGUUGUGUGCACGAGCAGCGAGCUGCUCAAACUGGAGGGAAGGAAGAAAAAGUCAGACGGCUCAUCCUCCGCUGGCUCCUCCGCGUCCUCGUCAUCGGACGAAGAGGUGGAGAACGUCGAGGAGGAUGGAACGGGGCAAAAAGGAGUCGAGAAAAGUGACGGAAGGAGGCCAAUGGCGGAGGAAGGAAGAAAAGCUUCCAGUCAGAUUGGCGAGGAAAUUUUGUUACCCUGGCGAGCAAAGGCUCCAACGUGUAGAACGGCGAAAAAAUUGGUGGAAGAGAUAGAGGAGGCGAGGGAAUAUGUGGCAGGCGACGCAGAGCAUAAGAGACUGGGGAAGAAAAUUUUGGACGAGAGAAGAAGUAUCGAUGAUCCACCAGGUGGUCAUGCUCUGGGAAGAGAACUGGCCCAUUACGAGAAACUUGUCCUGGAGACGAGCAACGAGACCAAUGAAAUUACACCAGCAUGUUACGAGCAGGGGACCAAACACGAUACUGGAGAACAAAAGUUGACCAAAGAUUCCUCCGUUUCUUGCGAUAUUUUCUACUCGAUGGAGGCGAGAGAGAAGAAAGAGGGAAAAAUUGUGGAUACUGUAAACGAAGAAGGAAGUUCGAGCAACGAUAUUUUCGAUAAUCGUCGAGGAAACACCAAUUCACAUCCUUUGAGCAAUCAGUUGAGCAGUAUCAGAGAGGAUAUGAAAGAAUUCUGCGCUGAUAUGGACAAAUUCGUGGAGGAGAAUAAAAUCGUGUUUAAAAAUGGCGAGGUGAAGGAGAAAGAAUCUUCGAGAGGGAUGAAAGAAGAAGAGAAUUUCAAAUGGUGGAGUACUAAGGAGAGAAAAUUGAAAGUGAGGGAAAUCAUGAAAAAGAGAGAAGAAGAGAAAGUUUGCAACGAUGAACGAGAUGACACGAAGAAGCAAAUUUCUGCUUCUCCAAGCGUUUACGAUUUAUUGAACCUGAAACGGUGUCCUGAAAUUAUGCUGGAAGAUGAGAAAACAUACCCUGAAAGAGAAGAUAAUUCUAUAUACAGCGAAGCUACUGAAAAAGAAGAAAAUGAACAGCGUUUUUCAAGUGUCUUCGAUUCUUUCUUCAUGGAGAUGGAUCAGAAAAGUGGAAUUGACGUGAAGUCAGAAAAAAUGUCGAGAACGACCAGUUCUCGUGAAUUGCUGGCCAUAGAAGAAGUUGAAGAAGGCGUUGAAGAGACAGUGGAGUCUUCCAUUGAUGGUACAUCAAAGUUAGACAACGAUCAAGAAGCUACCAAAAAGAAAUGUGUGAAAAUCGAAAUCUUGGAAGCAAACCCUGUCAAUAUCACCGACGACGACGAGUCAGAUAACGAGUCUGUGAAAACUGUAAUUAAUAAUUACGAAAGUCCAGAAAUUAACACAGAAGUAAACGUAAAAAGUAAUUCAGCAAUCUCCUCUGAUACUUUGAAAAAUGUCCAAGUGCUAUCAGACGUCGAAAUUCGAAAUACUGUCACAGAAAAGUCGAAUAACUCGUCUAAAUCGCAUAAGAGAACAUGCGACAGCGAGUACCUAAAUGUAGUUAGUAAAAAAUCGCAUUUGAUCGAGGAAAUCGACGUUGAGAAAGAUUCGAGCGAUCGAAGGAGUGCCAGCGAAGUGACUGCGAGAUGUAGACAACAUAUGUUGAGAGAAGCGAAGAAAUUUAUGAAAAAAGAGUCGCCUUUAAUAGACAAGUGUAUAGAGAGUCUGAUAACAAACAAAGAUUCCGAGGGAAAAUGGAACCUAAGAAAGUGUCAUCAGAAGGAUUUUUUGACGGUGAAUUCCAACUUUUUAUCUUAUCCAACUCCUGAAAAUUCACAGAAAUCUUUGGACGAACUUCGAAGUCUCGAAAAGGAACAAAAAUCUGAUUCACAUAAUACGCAACAGUCAGACGUACAAUCGAUCGCUCGAAUCCUAAAGGAAUCCGAAGAUGCUGAAAAGUCUAUGCCAAAAAAAGGUGCAAACCUCUUUCAAGAAUUUUGCGCACAUUUACAACAGAUGAACAGCAAGAAGAAGCUGCUGAUCGAGCCAGAUUUCAUGAAGAGCAGCAGGGUAGAUCCCGAAGAAAAGAAACGCGACGUUUCAUCGCCAAUGGAGACGAAACAAUCGAGCAAUGAACAAACAAAGCCACUAAUCGAGGUGAUUUCAGAGACAUCGACGAAUGUAGACGAUGUCGAGGAACCUGAAGAAACACUUGCCUACCCUGAAGAUUGCGAAAUGGAUCCAGCAUUGAAAGAGAAAAUAUUGAGAAGCAUUAAUGCACCAAAGACCGACGAGCAGAGAGAAAGAGGGAAAAAAUCGGCUGAGAAAUUGAAGAGGAUCUCCAGAGAAGCUAUGGCGAAAGGAAAAUUGCUACUUGAACGAUCUUCCGCCAAUGGCAGUGAUAAAUUAGAAAUCGACGACAGCAGAAAGUUUUUCAUGAACCUGUUGAAGGACGAUCCUGCGCAGGAAGUAGAAGAUGCAGAUUCGAACAGGAAUAUCGAUGAAAAAGAUGAGAACUCGAGCAAAAAAAUUCUCACAGAGUCUUCUCAAGAGUGUACUAUAAAAACAGACGAAACUAAGGAAUUACCUUUCGUGAAUAACGAUGGCAGUGAUAAAAAUGAUAAAAUUCUUCACGCAGAGAGAGAAAAUGGCGGGAUGGUGAGGAAAAGUUUGGAGAUGCAAGUAGUUGAACAACAGUGA